CUUGCGGAGCCGAAACGGACAAUACGUUGUGCUCGGGCGCUGACUGCUGAAGAGGCGGCAGGGUGUCGAUUGGUAGAGGCUGGUGCAAUAACUCAUGACCGGGAGCACUUUGGAUUAAUAACGUGGGGAGUAAGACUGCAACGUCGUUACUGCUGUGGUCGGUGGGUCUGUGGCUAUCACCGUGCAAGAUCUCAGUCACUUAUUGUCCUGUGACUUGACAUUGCUCGUUCUUGUCUUCGUGUCAAUCUGUGAGGACUGUUCUACACAGGAUGUUGGUGAGGCCUUAGCUUGUCACCUCUCAGAUCGUAGUCAGGUCAGAGCGC